AUGGAGAAGUUGGCCUUCGCACUAAUCACAGCAUCACGGAAGCUGAGGCAUUAUUUCCAAGCACAUGUCAUUAAUGUUAUGACAGAUCAUCCUCUCAAAAAGGCAAUGAAUAGGCCGGAAGCUGCAGGACGAUUAAUCCAGUGGGCUGUGGAGCUAAGUGAGUUCGAUAUCAGGUAUCUACCAAGGCAUGCCAUAAAAGCUCAAGCCCUAGCAGAUUUUAUUGCGGAGUUUACCCCAAGUUAUAAUGAGGCAGAGGACAGUAAGAGAUGGGUCGUCCACGUGGAUGGUUCGUCUACACGGCAUGCAGGAGGAAUUGGUGUGGUCCUGCAGUCCCCAGAGGGAGAUAAACUGAAACAUAAAGUCCGUCUACAGUACCAAGCGACAAACAAUGAAGUCGAAUAUGAAGCCCUCCUCAAAGGGUUAGAAUUGGCAAAGUCCGUGGAAGCAAAGUCCAUAUGUGUCAUGGGGGAUUCCCAACUGAUCAUGGGCCAAGUGAAUGGGACGGAGGAGAACGUGGAAGCUGAUACUAUAGCGAAGGAGGCCUCAGCAGAUGAAUCAUUAGAGAAGUCAGAUGAAGUUCAAUAUAUGCCAAGUAUAGAUGCCCAGGAAGUACAGCAGGUGGAUAACAGAGAAAAUUGGAUGACUCCCAUUAUAUCCUACUUGAAAGACGGACGACUGCCAGAAGAGAAGGACGAGGCCAGAAAGGUGAGGGUGAGGUCAGCUAGAUACGUUCUCAUGAAUGGAGUGCUAUACAAGAGAGGUUUCUCUCAACCUUACCUUAGAUGUUUAGCUCCGGACGACGCAAACUACGUGCUGAGAGAAGUUCAUGAAGGGGCAUGUGGCAAUCAUUCGGGAGCAAGAUCACUUGUCCACAAGGUCGUCCGUGCAGGGUAUUAUUGGCCGAACAUGCAAGCUGAUGCUAAAGCAUACGUUAAGGUCUGCGACCAGUGCCAGCGAUUUAGCAACGUCCCCAGGCAACCAUCGGAAUACCUCACCCCAAUGGUGGCACCAUGGCCCUUCGCACAAUGGGGACUGGACAUUUUGGGUCCUUUCCCUUUGGGAGUAAGGCAGAUGAAGUUUCUGGUGGUGGGCAUCGAUUACUUCACCAAAUGGGUAGAAGCAGAACCGUUGGCAAAUAUCACACAACAGAAUGUAAAAAACUUCGUGUGGAAGAACAUCGACCACAGUGAGGACACCUACAGGGGAGACUCCUUUCAAGCUAGCCUAUGGAAGUGA